CUGCCAAUGGCAGGUAAUUGCAAUACUUGCUAUUGGCUCUCCAUCCAACUCACCCUAAGCAAGACAGGCUAGGGGGUAAGUACCCGCGUGCUGCUGUAAGGUCGUUAUCCCGCAGGACGAACUACUCGCAUCCACACCUGAGGUACCUACUAGAAACGCACCUUUACUCCAACCCGAGCCGAGAUUAGUGCUACCUACCUACCUACCUACCUAGGUAUCUACGAGGGACCCGCCAAAUAGAACGCCCCUCCACAGUUAGGUAGAGCUCGCAGAUUUGCCUGCAAUGCCGCCAUCCACAUCUAUCUCCCUCUCGCACCAACUCUCUACUAUUCUGAUCCUCUCCCUCCUCCUGCUAGCCUUCUUCCCCGAAGCAUUCCACUACCUAUUGACCUUUCCCCUCGCCUAUAUCUACCGCCAUCUGACCCAGCGCUCGGAACUCGAGCGGCACCCAGCCGGCCUCGAUUUCGGCACUGCCGCCGCCGCCGCCACUGCAGCUAACCUACUUACUCCGGCCCCGGCCCCGGCCCCCGUCGCCGCGAUGUCCUGGUUCCAGACGCAGUUCACGCUGCCCGAACGGUCGCGCGGCUCUUACCUCAUAACGGACCACGUGCUGGCGGCCGUCCCCGAGAUCCGCCUGUACCGCGUCGGCCUGCUGCACCUCUUCAUCCAGCACACGAGCUGCGCCCUCAGCCUGAACGAGAACUACGACAGCGACGUCCGCGCCGACAUGAGCGACGCCCUCGACCGCAUCGCCCCCGAGGCCGGCCCCCGCGGUCAGAGUCUUUACCGCCACAGCGCCGAGGGCAGCGACGACAUGCCUGCCCAUGUCAAGUCGGCAUUGAUCGGCGCCAGCGUCACGAUACCCAUCACGGACGGACAACUUGCGACAGGGACGUGGCAAGGCAUUUGGUAUCUGGAAUUCCGGCGGGUUAAGCAUACGAGAAAGGUCGUGGCUACUAUCCAAGGCGAGAAGUGAGCCGGACUAGUUUGGGAAGAAGAGAAACAGAGGCAGAGGGCAGAGAGAGCUCGUACAAUAGAUCACUUUUCCUGGAGCUAGCUUACGUACGGGUUAACUAACUCGGGAUCCCAAUUC